AUGGGUGGGAACAAUCAUUCAAAUAAGAAGAAAUAUAAACCAAAUAGCGUUAAUUCGCUAGUUACCCAUAAAAAAUAUAUUACUGUCUCCCAUAUCGCAGAUAAGAAUAACUUUAAUAAGAAACAAAUAAACAAGAUUAUUAAAAACACAAUAAAUUCCAGUACCUCAAGGGAAGACGAUGAUAACAGGUUGUAUUGUAUUUGUAAGAAACCUUCGGAGGGUAGAAUGAUUGCCUGUGAUAAUCAAAAUUGUAAAAUAGAAUGGUUUCAUUAUAAAUGUGUAAAAAUAAGUAGGGCACCUCGAACACAGUGGUUCUGUUCUAAAAAAUGUAAGGAUGAAUAUAAAUCCAAAAAAAAGUGA